CGUCAAUUUCCUGUGUUGCGUUUGUACCAUUAAUCAGUGAAUUACCUCAGUGCUCAAAUGUUCAAGUGUCGAAAUUACAUUCAAAAUGUUACAAUUCCUGUUAUUUUACUUGUACAACAUUCCUCAGACGGUUAAUUGUUUUGUAGACCUAUCAGAUAGAGAAGUAGCACCAUUAGAUGAUGACGGACACAAGUUGCACUUACAACCUCUCGUGGCUGAACCAGGAAAAUUUAAGAUUACCUUUGGUCAGCUCGUAAAUGAAUUCAAGAACAUAGAAGAUACGCGCCAGUCCGCGUUGAAACAAAUACUGCGAAGUCCUCAAGUGACAAACAACAACAAGACAUCGAAAUUUCUGGAAGUUGCCACGAAACUUGACAUAGCUUUUAUGCGAAUAAGGAUCUACUGUGAUGCUGCUCGCGUUGUCUUCGAAGCUAUCAACUUUACCCAGCCAGAUGAUAACUUCCUGAGGGCAGCAGCUGUCAUGAAAAAAGAGAAGAAGUUAGACGAUCAGAUAGCAGACUUAUCUGAUUUGUUUGAAAGGAUGGAAGAGUCACUCACAGAUUUAACAGAGGAGCAAUGCGAUCCGUUUCAAUCUUUCAUAUUGUGUGUAUCAUACACACAAAUGAAAUUGGAACAGUUGGCUGUGCAGUAUGCCGAAGAUUAUCAGAAAACUAUAAAAAUCGCCAAAGACAACACUCAAACCUAGUAUAUCGACGGUGAAAGUCGGCAAUCACAUAACUCGUUUGCGGUGUCUGAAAAUCUCCGCCUAUACGUCAUUUUUUUA